CGCGUGUGAAUGAAUUCCUCUCAGAGCUCUAAAUGUUCAUUAAAGUGAUCGAUGCAUAUUAAUAAUCAUAUGUGGACGCGCUGAAGAUGGAGAGCGAUAUUCUGGACAUCCUGGAGCAGCUUGGGUAUGACGGGCCGCUGGCGGAGGAGGCGUGUCUGCUGGCCGAGUGUGGGCGGGGCUUCAGCUCAUCUGAAUAUGUUAAUUUGCUGACGUGGCUCACAAAACAACUGACACAAUUCACUGAGACACACACACAGGACGAGAUCAUCACAGCUGAUCCUCUGGACGUGAGCCGGCUGCUGAAGGACUGCUGCUGUCCGUAUAAAGGACUGGCCUCUCGAUUAGCCAAUGGGGACGUGAAGGACACCAGAGACCAUCUCAAGAUCAUCUUGUUUGUGUCGUCAGAGCUUCAGUCCGCUCAGCUGCUGCUCAGUAAAACACUCCGAGAUGCAGAGGAGCGGGAGAUGCGCUCGUGUUCGCCUCUGCAGGAUCUCUCCGUCAUCUGUCACACACUCACACUGCCGGAUCCGGCCGGACGAGACCCCACAGACACCUUCACGGACAUCCAGACGCAGGUCAAUGUUCUGCUGGAGAAGCUUCCAGAAACACACAUCGGAGCUCCAGCGCUGCAGAGGAGCAUCAGUGCAGAGCAAUGGGAGGAGCUGGAGAAGAUCAACAGCACUCUGUCGGCGGAGUACGAGUGCCGGCGGCGGAUGCUCAUCAAACGCCUCGACGUCACUGUGCAGUCCUUCAGCUGGUCGGACAGAGCCAAGGUGAAGAUUGAUCAGAUGGCGCGGGCGUAUCAGCCCAAGAGACACUCUCUGUCCGUCAGGUCGAGCGUAAGUUUGGCUCAUCUGCUGGCGGCGCGGAGAGACAUCUGCAAUAUGGUGAAGACCAGCAGCGGAUCCAGCCGCCAGAACACCAGCUGCGCCGUCAACAGGAUCUUGAUGGGUCGAGUUCCUGACCGCGGCGGGCGUCCGUCCGAGAUCCAGGCUCCUGCACCGGAGAUGCCCACCUGGAGGAAGAGAUCUGAUGGAGGAGGAGGACAAGGGGCGGGAUAUAGAGGAGGAGGAGGGGGAUGGCAGACUGGUGGAGGAGAUGGCUGGAGGACAGGAAGAUGGAGUCGAGGAGGAGGACGAGGAGGUGGACACUACUAUCACUGACUGAUGAACAGCAGAGACACUGGAGGACACUCUUUUUAAACGAGCGUGUGAUUGAUUCCUUUAGCUAUUGAACUUGUACAUGAUUAGACUAGAUCAUGGAGACGAUGAAGAAUAAAGACAGGAAACACCA